AGGGGGUGAGACGGCGGGACUCGGAGGUGGAUUCCUGUUUCCGGUCGGUCGCCGCCUCUGACAAUGGCGGUAACGGUCUGAGCGGCGAGGCCCGGCCCCGGACUGGACGCGACGCGGCGACUCGGUCAGUGCCGGCGGGUUUAAAAAAACACUUUGUCUCAUUAUGGAAAAUGCUGCCAAUGAGGAUGGUGGCGGAAGCGAGCAGGGUGACUCUCAAUCUUCGAACGAGGCUCAGCGUCAGCGACAGUUGGACCGCCUGGAUCGGGAAGAAGCUUUCUAUCAUUUUGUCAACAACCUGAGCGAAGAGGAAUACAGGCUGAUGAGGGACAAUAAUCUGUUUGGUACACCAGGGGAAAUUACAGAGGAGGAACUUCUGAGACGUCUACAGCAAGUCAAGGAUGGAACAAUCCAGAACAACGCAGAGACUCGGAGGACUGAAGGAUCUGUGGACAACCACGGGGCCGAGGGUUCUGAGGAAGGACUGAGUGGGGAUUCGCUGCUGGAGUGGCUGAACGCGUUCCGGCAGACGGGGAACACCACCCGGAGCGGGCAGAGCGGGAACCGCUCGUGGCGAGCGGUCAGCCGCACCAACCCCACCAGCGGUGACUUCAGGUUCAGCCUGGAGAUCAACGUGAGCCGCAGCCGGCUGGAGCAGAGUGCCGAGCUGGAGGGCGAGCAGCCCAUGGACACGUCGGGCGAAGCGGCGACGGCGGGGGGGGCCACCAUCCAGAGCGAACUGCAGAGGUCCGAGACCCCGCUGGCCAGGCAAAGCAGGAGGCUGAGCGGGGACCUGCCUUACGAGACCAGAUAUGAACUCUUGAGGAGAGAGCUGGAAACGCAGGCCCAUCGCAGCCGCCCGAGGAGCGGCCGGAGCCGGAGCCCCGAGCGCCGCAGGUCCUCCAGGACAAGGAGUAACCGCAGCCGGUCGCCCUUGCACCCCGUCGGCGAGGGAUCCAGUCGGACUCGGCGCCAGGGCUCGGCCCACAGGCCCGAGCGUUCCAAUCCGGAGGGCGGGGCUGAGGGGAGCUCCCGAACACGGCAGCACGUGGUGUCCAGGCAGAACCGAGCCGGAGACGAGGCUCAGACUGAAGUGGCCAAUCCCGCCUCGGCCCUGGAGCCCAGCGAGCCCUCGCAGGAGGCCGCCGACUCCUCUAACCCCGCCAGCGACCCCUCGGCCACCGGCCGCCGGCCACCCACCAUCAUGUUGGACCUGCAGGUAAGAAGAGUGAGGCCCGGCGAGACAGCGGACCGGGACAGUAUAGCCAGCAGGACCCGCUCGCGAUCCCAGACUACUGACAACACUGUGGUGUACGAGAGCGAGCGGGGCGGGCUCAGGCGCACCUUCUCCCGCUCAGAGCGAGCCGGGGUGCGGACGUACGUCAGUACCAUCCGGAUUCCUUUCCGCAGGAUAUCGGGCUCGGGGCUGGGCGAGGCAGCCUCGGUCGCCCUGCAGACCAUCCUGCGCCGCAUCAUGAUGGGCGGCGAGCUCAGCUCCUUCGUGGACAGCGACAGCGACUCCGAGUCGAGCAACAGGGGCCCCAAUCCCACGGCCGAGGCCUUGGAGACUCCGAGCGGCACGAGCGGCAACGAGCCCCCCGGCCUGGGAGCGGGCCAGGAAGGCAGAGUCGGGGAGCAGCAGGCGGGGGAGCAGAGGAACGUCAGCGAGCCCGACGGCACGGCGGGGGCCAGGAGAAGAGAGGGCCCGCAGAGCCGGGGCCUGUUUGGCCUGGAGGAGAGCGGCACCUUGCCUAUCCUCAGGCUGGCCCACUUCUUCCUGCUGAACGAUGAGGACGAGGACGAUCAGCCCAGGGGACUCACGAAAGAGCAGAUCGACAACUUGUCCACCCGGAAUUUUGGGGAGAGCGACGCCAUUAAAACCUGCAGCGUGUGCAUCAGCGAGUACACGGCGGGCAACAAACUGCGCAAGCUGCCCUGCUCGCACGAGUACCAUGUCCACUGCAUCGACCGCUGGCUCUCGGAAAACUCCACCUGCCCCAUCUGCCGUCAGGCUGUUCUGGCCCGCAGCGCCGGGGAAAGCAUUGGCUAGCGUUCAGCCGCCAUCAGCCACCCUGAUGUUGGUGUCAUGUAGAAUUAGCUAGCUGUACCAAACGGUGAAGCCUAUAAAAUUAUACUUCAGAAUGUAGUGGGGGAAAUUUUGACACAUUCACACACACACACACACACACACACACACCACACACGCGUGCGCGCGCGCACACACACACACUCGCACCCACAUACAGAAAAAAAAGAUAGCCAUACCUAAUACUCUUAUUGUGAAGGCUUCCUAUCCUCCGUUCAAGGGAAAAGGUUGUGUUUUUUGCUAAUCUUUAAAUGUUGGUUUGGUAAUUUUUAAAGAAAGAAAGAAGGAAAGAAAGGAAGAAAGAAAAAUGUGUGCGCUCGCUAUCGCACUGCUUUUUUUAAGAAAAAAAAUAUGAAAA